AAAGCCUAAGCAUUGGGCAAUUGUGGUUUCCUCCGGAGAGGAGGAACUCGGGCUUGCCAAUCCUGUCCCUGGGCUUCUGAGCCUCAGCUGCUCUGGCAUGGAGUGUGUGGUACAGCCUUCAGUGUUUGUGGUGGACGGACAGACAGACAUCCCAUUCAGGCGGCUGGGACAGAACCAUCGGAGGCGGCACUGCGGCAUUGUCCAGGUUAGCCUGGCUCUGAUGCUGCUGCUAGGUGCUGGGCUGGCCACCCAGGGCUGGUUUCUCCUGAGACUGCAUCAGCGUCUUGGGGACAUAGUGGCUCAUCUGCCAGAUGGAGGCAAAGGCUCCUGGGAGAAGCUGAUACAAGAUCAACGAUCUCACCAGCCCAACCCAGCAGCACAUCUUACAGGAGCCAAUGCCAGCUUGAUAGGUAUUGGUGGACCUCUGUUAUGGGAGACACGACUUGGCCUAGCCUUCUUGAGGGGCCUGACAUAUCAUGAUGGGGCCCUGGUGACAACGGAGACCGGUUACUACUAUGUGUACUCCAAAGUGCAGCUCAGUGGCGUGGGCUGCCCCCAAGGGCUGGCCAAUGGCCUCCCCAUCACCCAUGGGUUGUACAAGCGCACAUCCCGCUACCCCAAGGAGUUAGAACUGCUGGUCAGCAGGCGGUCACCCUGUGGCCGGGCCAACAGCUCCCGAGUCUGGUGGGACAGCAGCUUCCUGGGCGGCGUGGUACAUCUGGAAGCUGGGGAAGAGGUGGUGGUCCGCGUGCCUGGAAAUCGCCUGGUCAGACCACGUGACGGCACCAGGUCCUAUUUCGGAGCUUUCAUGGUCUGAAGGCUGCAGUGACCAUGUGUUCUGUGGAGGGAUCUCUCCAGGACUCACCUCAAACCCAGCAAUCGGGUUUGGAACCCCCCUUUAAGGAGCCUUGAACUUUGCUCAGGAUGGUGUAGACUGCUGACUGGCUUUGAGCAAUCUUCAAAUCAGAGACCUAGAGACUUGAGGUGUGGAGCCCAGGAGCAUGGGGUUCAGCCCAUUUGCCUGAUAUUCAGGCAGAAACAAUAAAGCUUGGGGUAUUUAUGCUUCUGAUGCAGA